GAUAACUUGCUUCUCUUACGAGUUACGAUCUCUCUGUCUCUCUCUUCCCUUUUUCGCUGGAAACUGUUCUCUCUCUCUCCAUACCUUUCUUCUAGGGUUUCAGUCUCCGAUCGCCGCCGCCGCCGUCGAGAUUCUAGACAAACUUGUGGCAAUGGAGGUCACCCAGUUGCUCUUAAACGCUCAGUCGAUUGAUGGAACUGUUCGUAAGCACGCUGAAGAAAAUCUCAAACUGUUCCAGAGUCAAAACCUUGCUGGUUUUUUGCUCUCACUUGCUGGAGAGCUUGCCAAUGAUGAGAAGCCAGUAGAUAGCAGGAAACUUGCCGGUUUAGUCCUUAAAAAUGCUCUCGAUGCUAAGGAACAGCACAGGAAGUAUGAGCUUGUCCAGAGAUGGCUGUCUCUUGACAUGGCAACAAAGACACAGAUCAGAGCCUUCUUGUUGAAGACACUUUCCUCCCCUGUGCCUGAUGUUCGUUCAACUGCCUCUCAGGUCAUUGCUAAGGUUGCAGGUAUUGAGUUGCCCCAGAACCAGUGGCCUGAGCUUGUCGGAUCUCUUCUCUCCAACAUUCACCAGUUACCAGCUCAUGUCAAGCAAGCCACUUUGGAGACUCUUGGAUACCUCUGUGAAGAAGUGUCUCCUGAUGUUGUAGAACAGGAGCAUGUAAACAAGAUACUCACAGCGGUUGUUCAGGGUAUGAAUGCUGCUGAAGGAAAUAACGAUGUUAGACUUGCAGCAACCCGUGCUUUAUACAUGGCUCUGGGUUUCGCCCAAGCAAAUUUCAGCAACGACAUGGAGCGUGAUUAUAUCAUGAGAGUCGUGUGUGAAGCAACUCUUUCCCCUGAGGUGAAAAUUAGACAGGCUGCUUUUGAGUGUUUGGUAUCCAUCGCUUCCACAUACUAUGAGAAGUUGGCGCAUUAUAUGCAAGAUAUAUUCAACAUCACAGCUAAGGCUGUUAGAGAAGAUGACGAGUCUGUCGCUCUACAAGCGAUUGAAUUCUGGAGCUCUAUAUGUGAUGAGGAGAUUGACAUCUUAGAAGAGUAUGGUGGUGAGUUCACUGGGGAUUCCGAUGUUCCAUGUUUCUAUUUCACUAAGCAGGCCCUCCCUGCGCUUGUGCCCCUACUGCUGGAAACUCUGCUCAAGCAAGAAGAAGAUCAGGAUUUGGAUGAAGGGGCUUGGAAUAUUGCAAUGGCUGGUGGGACUUGCCUCGGUUUGGUUGCUAGGGCAGUUGGAGAUGACAUUGUACCUCAUGUUAUGCCGUUCAUUGAAGAGAAAAUAUCAAAGCCUGAUUGGAGAGAGCGGGAAGCUGCAACAUAUGCUUUUGGUUCCAUUUUGGAGGGCCCUUCACCAGAUAAGCUGAUGACAAUUGUUAACGCAGCGUUAACAUUUAUGCUCAAUGCUUUAACAAAGGACCCAAGCAACCAUGUGAAAGACACGACCGCAUGGACUCUUGGUCGGAUAUUUGAGUUCCUGCAUGGUUCAACAAUCGAGACACCCAUAAUUACUCAGGCAAACUGUCAGCAAAUUAUCACAGUAUUGAUCCAGACAAUGAAAGAUGCACCUAAUGUUGCAGAAAAGGCUUGUGGGGCUCUAUAUUUUCUGGCUCAAGGCUAUGAGGAUAUUGGUCCCAACUCUCCAUUAACACCCUUCUUCCAGGAAAUUAUCCAGUCCCUUCUAGCUGUUGCACACAGAGAGGAUGCAACUGAAUCACGCUUGCGAACUGCAGCGUACGAGGCAUUGAACGAAGUUGUCAGGUGUUCGACUGAUGAAACAUCAGCCAUGGUUCUGCAAUUAGUACCUGUGAUAAUGCUCGAGCUCCACAAUACUUUGGAAGGGGAGAAGCUUUCUUCAGACGAGAGGGAGAAACAAAACGAGCUUCAGGGACUUUUAUGUGGAUGCUUGCAAGUCAUCAUACAAAAAUUAGGAUCUGAACCGACCAAGUAUGUUUUCAUGCAGCAUGCAGAUCAAAUGAUGGGACUUUUCCUGAGGGUUUUUGGCUGUAAAAGUGCAACUGCACAUGAAGAAGCCAUGCUCGCCAUUGGCGCUCUUGCUUAUGCAGCAGGUCCUGAUUUUGCCAAGUACAUGCCUGAGUUUUACAAGUAUUUGGAAAUGGGUCUUCAAAACUUUGAAGAAUACCAAGUAUGUGCUGUUACUGUGGGCGUUAUUGGGGACAUCUGCAGAGCAUUGGAGGACAAGAUUUUACCUUACUGCGAUGGGAUUAUGACGCAGCUUCUGAAGGAUUUGUCGAGCAACCAGUUGCACCGAUCAGUAAAGCCGCCGAUUUUCUCCUGUUUUGGUGACAUAGCACUGGCUAUUGGGGAAAACUUUGAGAAGUACAUCAACUAUUCAAUGCCGAUGCUUCAGAGCGCAGCAGAACUAUCAGCUCACGCGUCUGGAGCUGAUGACGAGAUGACAGAGUACACGAACUCAUUGAGAAAUGGAAUACUCGAAGCUUAUUCAGGCAUAUUCCAAGGGUUCAAGAACUCUCCGAAAACGCAGCUCCUAAUUCCUUACGCACCCCAUAUCCUCCAGUUUCUGGACAGUAUAUACAUGGAGAAAGACAUGGACGAGGUGGUGAUGAAGACAGCGAUUGGGGUGUUAGGGGAUUUAGCGGAUACACUAGGGAGUCAUGUGGGGGGUUUGAUACAACAGUCAGUGUCGAGCAAAGAGUUCUUAAACGAGUGUUUGUCAUCUGAUGACCACACAAUCAAAGAAGCAGCUGAAUGGGCAAAGCAUGCCAUCACCCGUGCCAUUUCUGUUUGAAGGGCUCUUUUCUCUGUGCCUUUCGUUUUGUUUUUCUUUUACAGUAAAGUCUGCAUGCAUCUCUGGGUGGGUUUGAGUCUGGGGAAGGGUAGAGCUGCAAUAUCCGAGAGUCACAUCAUCAUCAGUUUCAUUUGCAUCAUCAGCAUUACUGGG